ACCAACUUGUUUGAACCUAUUAAAAGGUUUUGCUCACUAAAACCAAACACCAAGAUGACACCCAGAGGACCAACAUUACAUUCCAGUCAAUAAGUUACCGCCCAGUUUUUGUUUAUAGAAGCUCAUUUUCCCAACAGCACUUGGCAGAUCAUUACUGGUGUGACUAAAGGUCAUUUCAACCAAUAACAAACUACUUUGCCCUACUGAAUACAACUGGUGUGUUACUUAUUCCUGCGAUACGGUUUCAGUUCUAGUCAUCCUCUCAGCUUGAGUCUGCAUAGUACAUGUUUUCUUCCUGCCAUUUCUGUCACACGGAACAAGAAACACUUAGAACGAAAUGAUGACCAAAGCCUUUUGUGUAACUUUAUUCAUCUUGCUGCAGCUGUCUUACCAUGGGUACAGCUGCCCCAUAAAAUGCCAGUGCUUCACUCCAACUCGGGCCAUCUGUUCGGAUGAAGGGAGUACGGACAUGCCCCAGAACAUCUCCUCGGACGUGAAGGAGCUGGUCAUCAUGACCACCGGCAUUAUGUAUUUGCGCCCCAAAGCCUUUCCGGAUGGUUCCAAGCUCUCCAAGCUGGUCUUCCUCAACAACCUGCUUCAGGGGGUCUCCCGCAUGGCGUUCAACAAUCUGUUGGGGCUAGAGGAGCUGGAGAUCAGCGGGAACCACCGGCUUGAGGAGCUGUACUUGGGAACGCUGAGCGAGCUGCAAAACCUGACCACGCUGGUCCUCAACUUCAACCGCUUCAGGGUCCUGAGGGAGGGGCUGCUCCAUCCACUGCAGAAGCUGGAGACCCUGCAGCUCAAGGGCAACGUCAUUUACCAGCUCACCGACGACCUGUUUCAGCAGCUCGGCAGGCUCCGCCUCCUGGACCUGUCGCUCAACACGAUCUCCACCGUGAAUAAGGAGAUCUUCAGAAACCUGGGCCAGCUGCGGACCCUCAGGCUGGGCUACAACCUGAUAGAGGCCCUGCCGCCCGACACGUUCGAUGGUGUCCCGAGGCUAAGGGAGCUAAGCCUCCAGGGCAACAAGAUCGUCAGGUUCCCCCAGGCCCUCUUCUCCCGACUGGCCCAACUGGACAAGCUCAAUCUCCGCGGCAACCAGAUUAAAGAGCUCACCGCCGACGCGUUCCCGCCAGGGCUGAGCGAGCUGAACCUAGCGGACAACAAGCUCACUGUGCUCUCGCCGGAGAUGUUUCAGGGGCUGCCUCGCCUAACCUGCUUGCUCCUGUCCAAAAACCAGCUCUCCGUCAUCCCAGAGGACCUGUUCCAAAACCUGACAGCCCUGGAGCACGUGGACCUGUCCCACAAUCUGAUUGGCGGCCUGCCGGAGGUCAUGUUCAGGGGGCUCUCAGAGCUCGCGGUGGUGCACCUGGAGAACAACAACAUCAGCAGCCUGCCGAGCGGGCUGUUUGAGGACCAGGAUUACCUGGAGCAGCUGUACCUGUCCGACAACGCGCUGCAGAACAUCCCCGUCGAGUUCAUGGACGCCUUCUUAGCCCACAAUAUGAUACGGCUGCACGGCAACCCCUGGACCUGCGACUGCCACUUGCUCUACCUCUACGACUGGCUGAUGUACAGCACGGGUUUGAAUCAGGAUACCUCCAACAUGUACUGCAGGGCGCCCUCAUUCCUGAGUGGCAGGGGAUUAAUGUCUUUGAAGAGGGAGCAGCUUGUGUGCGCAGCAAACACCAGCACUCCUCUUCAGAGCACCCACGAGGCUGUCACUCGCCCCGAGGAGACCCCGCCCACCACUGGCUGCGUUGUCCAGGAAACCAACAGCACCAUUUCUGUCAAGUGCACCAACGAGAAAUGCCCCCAGAUCAAACUGCGAACCUGGUACCGCAAGGAGGGGUACACUGAAGACACUUUCACAGAACACAUAUUACUUCAGGGUACCCAGUGCCUUAAUUCCACUAUAACCAUCACUUUUUAGAUAAUGAAUCUAAGCGUGACUGUGACACAUAUUGAAAUGACAUCUCCAGCAGUGCGCACCUUAAGACUUUCUCAGUAUCUAAUCCCACAGCUAGUGAUUGGUGGUAGAGACCCAUCAUCAGUAGGGUUAUCAUGUGCUGUCAGCUACCAUGUACAGUCGAACAGCUUCAGUUUCCACAGUUAAAUAAGUCGCUUUGUUCAUGAUGUUGCGUCGGUGAUGAUACAUCAUUCCCAUUUUAGUGUUCAGGUAGCCUCUCUGUCUCCCAUCGCUACGUCACAAAAGGACUUUUCCCAAAGGAAACAGGAGUUUUCCUGGGGGGCACUGUUAGUCUUUCUCACUCAGUGUAGUGGGUACAAUAGCAAAUCAUGGAUGAACUGCUUCUCUGUGACAACGGAAAGAAAUGUACAAUUUGAAGAAUAGUUCCCAAGAAAAAGCAGCUAUCCUGAAUGAAUCAUUUUUCCAAAACACUAACUCUGCUUUUAUGUAUAUUUGAGACACAGAAUGACAAUACUAUUACACUAAAUUGCAACAACGGAAACAGCGGGUCAACUAAAUACGAGAAGUGCAAGAUAUUUUGCUGCAUAUAUUUUGCACCAAUUAAGUUGUUAAAGCAAUGUUAAUAAACCCUUGCUUUAAGUGUUUUAAGUGCAGCUCCCUUGCACAGACAUAAUAUUGUUUUAAUAAAGUUGGUGUUAAAACUCAAGCAUUUUCCGAGGACAUUUAGGCCAGAACGGAGCUGGUUUCUUGACAGGAGGGUGGGAGGGCUCUUUGCCAGUGACAAGCAGGGUCAGGCCCCAGCUCCAUAACUCCCCUGUGCAACUCUGCGGGAGAACUCUGUCUGUUACCUACCUAUUUAAUGCUUCAAUUAAACUUUUAUUAAGCUGUAAUUUA